AUGAUCUUUGAAACUACUAAUUUUGUUCGGAUAGUCUACUUAUUGGCUUUAUUGCAAGCGCCAGGGGUGCUAGGAGAGAGGAAGAGCACAGGAGAAAAGCACGGAUUGUCAAAUAAUCGUAAGGAAGCAGCCACGUCGCUUAAUGGAUGGGGCAAUUCGAACUGGAAUCAGGAUAACGAAGCUUCAACAACAAGAGAGGCAGACGAAGGUGUAUCGACAGAUGCUGCGACUACGGCCUCAUCGACGACUUCUUCGGGCGGUUUUAAUCCAUUUGCAUGGAUGAAUGCUAAGUCGGGGACUACAGAGGCGGAUACCAGCACUUCUUCAACGAAUAGUCCUACAGACGUUACAGCUUCCACCAGAGAAUCUGCUAAUACUGCCACCACUUCUACUGGAACAUCCAAGGAUACUGCAACAUCAUCUACUGAACCAGCAGCUAAUGUGGCUAUUUCAAGCUCCCAAACCACUCAAGGAACCACAGAGCAAACAACAAAUACAGCUGCUGCAAGCACUCAAUCCACACAGGGCCCUACUGAGCAGGCAAUAAACUCAGCUGCUUCAAGUACAGAAUCCACACAGGCUAAUGACCAAGUGGAUGAUCAAAAUAUUGAACAAACCACCUCUACCUCUGAACAAGGAACGUCACUUAGUCCUUCAUCCAUUCAACCUACCACUGCAGAAAGCUCUGGUAUUACAACUUCGUCACCAGUACUGGAGACUUCUACGGAGGCAUCAUCCUCUGGGUUUAACUGGCUUGGGUUAUUUGGUCAAAAGUCUUCAUCCGAAGCAUCUUCAACUCAAUCUACACCUGGAUAUACUGAGACUUCCCAAAGUUCCUCAAUCACCGAAACUUUAACGAGUUCGUCUAACACAGGUACGGAAGGUCCAACAAGUUCGUCUACCACAGGUACAGAAGAUACAACAAGUUCGUCUACCACAGGUACAGUAGAUACAAGUUCGUCUACCACAGGUACAGAAGGUCCAACAAGUUCGUCUACCACAGGUACAGAAGGUCCAACAAGUUCUUCCACUCCAAGCACGUCAACUGUAUCUCCAUCAGUACUUGAUCUUUUUAAUUCUGCCUCGUCAUCAACAGAGUCUUCCACAAGAGCAGAUUCUACUACUUCUGUCGAUGAUGACUUUCAAGCUUUAAGUGAUGCAACGGGUGCAUCAGCUUUGGGUACAUCGACGCUUACCUCUUCUGGAUCUUCUACGACUAGUCCUGGGGAUACAUCUUCGGAAACUUCGUUUGAAAGUGCUAGCACUGCAGAUCUUGCUUCUAGCUUAACUUCCACAAGACCAUCAAGCUCGAAUACUAUGGAUACGGUCGCAUCUUCGUUAUCUGUGUUAAAUAGUUUGUUUGAAACUACUGAUUCUACUGACUCAGCUUCGUCGGCUACUCCUACAACCAACGUUGAGGAAGGUUCAACCGUUUCAUCGUAUAAACCCUACCAUAUCUUAGAGUCUUCAUCUGAAUUUGCAAGGCCGACAGAAAGCUCAUUGUCUUCUGCUACAUAUGAGGGGCCAGCAUCUUCAACCGACUUUGCCAGUCCAACUGAAAGCUCAUUGUCUUCUGCUACAUAUGAGGGAUCGGAGUCUGCAACGGAGUUUUUAACUCCAACUGAAAGUGCUUUGUCUUCUAUCACAUCUGAGGAACUGUUAUCUUCAACUGAAUUUGCUACUCCAACUGAGAGCUCUAUUCAAAUAUCGUCGUAUUCUUCGUUGAGUGGACAGGAAACCAUAUCUGACUCUACAAGUGAAACCUUCAGUGCAACUGAAAGCUCUUUUGCAGCUCCAUAUGAAUCACCCUCGUCUGGCGUUUCAGGAAUUGCAUUGUCUUCUUCAACAGACUUAGCACCAACAGAAAGUUCUUCGGAAACACCGUUUUAUUCAACAUGGUCAAGUACACCCGUAAGUACUCAGGAUUAUUCUGCUGAAUAUGUCAGUGCCACGGAGAGUUCUUUCGAGACUCCUUUCUAUUCUACGUGGUCAUCUGGUUCAUCAAGUUCAUCAUCGUCUUCACAUUCGAGUAAUCCAGAAAGCCUGAUUGAAAAACCAACCGAGACAACAGUGAAUUCUGAAACAUCUUCAAUUGCCUCCAUUACCGAAGAUACGUCAUCUUUAUACCCAAUCGUUUCAACCGAUUCAUCGAUAUCUCCAAUUUUGGACUCAACCUCGCAAGCCGAACUGACUGUUUCGGCAAGCACAAGCUCUAGUAUGCCAUCUGUGUCGAACUUGCCAACUUCGACUGUUGUUCCAUUGUCAGAGUCUGAAGUCGAAUCAAGCUCAACUUUUGUUCCAGUGUUAUCUUCUGUUGUUUUGACUCCAUCUGCAAGUGUACCAGCAGUAGAAACAGACGAACCAUUGUCAUCUCUUGUUGACACAUCAUCUAUCAAUAGUGAUUCAGCUAUAUUAUCUCAAUCGCAAACCCAAAUUUUACCCGGCUCGCUGACUAUAAGUUCUGAAUCAAUAAAUUCGAUGCCAUCCUCCAUUACAGCUAGCCCUCCAAUUGCAUCCUCACCGGCUGCUCCAUCAUCUGAGGCAUUGCCUGGGUCGGAAACAGUCCCAUCUGCUUCUACUACAAAUAAUUGGUUGCCUUCUCAGAUUAUUGAACAAACUACAACUAGUAAGCCAUCCGCAUCUGCUGAUAAUUCUGUCAGUCAGGCAACACCAACUACAGUUGAGCCUUCUGGUUUACCAAAGGCAAUCACAGGACAGCUGGCUGCAGAACCAGGUAAGAAUUAUGAAGUUGUGUAUAUUGGAUUCAAGUCAUCAUUGAAUUACCCCUUUGUUGUUGAAAAUUCAUUAUCUUCUGCGCAAAUCUUCCAGUACUUGCCUAACACUUUAAAUUUCCCAUUUGAGGAUGAAUCGGCAUUAGAUAAAGUUUCUGUUAAAAAAAUUAUUCCGUUUACUGCUAGUGGGAUAUCAUACACAAUUUCGGUUGCUGAAGUGUACUUCCCAUCAGAGUUAGUUAGUAAAUUGAACACAUACAUACAAACAUCUGAUUCUAAAUUAUACUCAAAUCCAUCAUCGACUGAACAUCAAUUAGCUUCGCUUAUUGAUAAGAGAAUUCCUUUAACUGGGUUAGUGACUGAAGAUACUUCCAGUGACAAUAAGAGUGGAAGUUCAUCAAAUAACGGAUCUAUGGAUUCGGGCAAUUCAACUGUAUCAAAUAAAGGUAAAAUUGCAGGUAUUGCUAUAGGUGCAGCAGCUGGAUGCGGUAUUUACAUGUCAUUGAUGGUUUUAUUGUUCAAGAAGUACAAGAAGAACAAUGGUGUUGAGUUACCUUUGUCAGACUCAGAAAGCAAUAUUGGAUUAGGAACCAAUAAUUCUACAGUUCAAAGUAACGGAGCUGGUAUUUCCGGAUUAUUUAAUAGGUUUGGUGACAGUUCCUCUGGGGAAGGAGUGGGCAGUGUACCGAUAUCUGAACCAGUAAACGCGUCAAAUUCAUUGGGUUGGUCUCAUUGA